CAAAUUUGCCUAAAAAUCAUCUCAGCCCUGGAGUAUUCCAUUAAACUGCUUGAGAAUUUUAUAAAUUUUUUAAAGGAUUUAGCCCAAAAACACAAAACCAUGAAAUUUUCCAAAUCACAAGGCCAUAUUUGGUGAAUUUCUCGACCCUAUCUCCCUUAUGCCCCACCCCCAAAAAUGAAAAUUUUGAAAAAUUUUGGCGCCUAAAAAUCAUUUUACCCUUAGAGCAUUUUGUUAAACUGCUUGAAAAUCAUUUUUAAACCGAUUUUAUAGCUUUUUAUGCGAAUUUAGCCCAAAAAGAUGAAAUUUGCGGACCCCCCUUUGAACCAGUCUGGCGGGGCUUCAGCAGCACUUUAGGGUUGGCAGACCUACAUAUUCGGAUUCAGCGCGAAAAAUUCUAUAAUUUAGCACCAAUUUGAGCAAUCAGUUUUCUCGGCCAAAAGUUCAAAAAAAAUGCGAACUUUCAAGCUUUCGCUGAGCUUUAAAGCAGCAGCUGCGGAUUGGCAGACCAAGUGAUUUUAAAAGAGGGGUAUGUAAUUAUGUAUACUAACUUUUCAGACUAGUCCCAGCUUUCAGUUAUUUCGGGACAAUCGCAAUGGUAUAGCUCUUUUACUAGGUAUAAUAAUAAAGCUUCAAAAAAUUGGUCAUAAGGUAGGUAGAGGGUAGGUACUAAAAAGGUAGGUCAGGAUGUCUAACGGUCAUGAAAGUCAUGAAAAGUCAUGAAUUCUGCUCGAAACACACAUGGAAGUUUUUGAAAAAGCCCAUAAAAUAAAACAAAAAUUAUUCAAAAAAAAAAUAGAAAAAUAAAAAAACUGAAAUACUUACCUACUUGCUUGAAAAUUAAAAAAAUGUCCUCACAGUUUCAAGUUAUGUAUUUAUUCAUUUAGGGGAAGGGGGUAUUUUCAUGCGGUAAAAAACUUAAAAAUAAUAUGAAAAAUGGGUCACGAAAAGGAAAAAGUUAUGAUUUUUUGUCUGGGACUAUUUUAGACACCCUGUAGGUACGACGCAUUGUCCUUCUAGUUGAAUUGAAGGCGCCAAGGUCAACGUUUCGUUUUGGCUGGUGGUGAUGGUGGUAAUUACUUCUGGAAAUAUCUACGCACUAAUCACGUUUUGAUUGUCGAUAGUUGUCGAACAUAACCGAAUAUUUGCCUUUUUCUGUCGAGUAUGGCAAAGUGAAAAGUUUGUAGGUAUUCUCUUUCGUGUAAUCGUUUUCAUUCGCGUCUUGCUUCUCUCGCAAAUCAUGCAGGUUCUCAAUGCCUUUUGUAGAUGGGUAGAGCUACCUGCAUUUAUGUGAGUUUAAUCGGUGUUUAAUAUAUUUCUUAUGAGAUAAUUUUUCAUGAUAAUUAUAGUGAAGAUCAACUUGAAUUGACAUUUUUUUGUUCUAUUAUCUACGUUGAAAUAUAUACGGUUUUUCUGAGUUGGUUGGUGUCCACUAAAAUUAGACAUUGCGAAUAGAAUCAAAGUACGAGUAUGUUUAUUGUGUUUGUGUUCAAUUACGCCACACACAUCACGUAGCUGAAGAGAGGGAAGUGUUAUCUCAGCAGUUUAGAUAUGGAUAAACCCCCGUUAUUACCUUACCAUCCCGAAGUGGAUACUUACGGUUCCAGAACACUUGAAACCGAAUCUGGUCAAAUAAUUACGUUCGAUGAAGCCUUCCAUAAUGCGGAAUAUGUCAAAAAAGCUCUCGAUCGCGAAUCUGAGGACGUUCCGAUAGAAUUUACGAUGUUUGUUUUGCGCAAAAUGGCUGUGAAGGAAAAAGAUUUUCGCAGUUUUCAGGCAGCACUUCCGCCACAAGCUUACGAAUAUUUGGAAAAAUUAAUUGGAUCAGAUGCUUGCCACAUGAACCAGGUUCAUUCUAAGAGUACCUAUAAGAAUGGAAAACCUAGCUCUUUUCGAGGAGCAUUGACGAAAAUUUUCUGUAAAAAAGUCAUCUGUAACGUCGCCAAAAAUCAGAAAGACGCACAUUACGAUAGAUUAGCCGCAAUAUUCCCUUUCAAAGUGUCUAAGGAUGUUCCCAAGGGCGAAUUGAAGAUUUUCGAGAAAUUUGACGACGAUUUUUACGCAGAGGUGCAAUUUUUUUUAAACCGACAUUUUGAAAAUGUCGACGCGCGUAAGAUGAGCGAGCUUUUUUUGCUCAAUAUUUGGAAUUUUCGAUUGAAAUAUUUUCCCGCCAAAUUACUGUUGGAAAGAUUGGAAAAUCCUGGAGUUCAACAUGAUGAUUAUUUGAGCAAGUUUCCUCGAUUGCAUCCAGGUGGAGUUGAUCAGUUCAAAUUUCUGUAUCGAGAGUUCACCAAUGCGAUGAAGGAAAACGAAAUUUAUGAGAAUUGCGAUAAAUAUUUCCAAACGUUACCUGAAACAUGUUAUGCUUUUGCCGAUUUGUAUUCGUUCUUCGUUGAGGAUUGCGAUGACGAAUAUUUCCAAACGUUACCUGAAAAAAAUUUUGAGGAUUUGUAUUCGUUCUUCGAGCACGAAAAUUUUUUUGAUAAUAAUCGUUCGGUUUAUAUGAGAAGAUUCAGAAAAUAUUUGUUUUUCUUCGUUCACGCUUUAUCAAUGCAUCCAAUUCCAAAUCCUGUGUUCUUUAUCGACGAUUUGUUAUUCGAAUGCUUAAAAAGCUUAAGAAGAUACAAAACAUGCGAAGAAUACGUUUUCAUGAGAGACGAUUUGACGAGAAUAACAAUUUUGCACUACAGAAUGGACUUAGAUAGAUCAGAAAGUUGUGGACAAUAUUACUUGAAUAAUGAUACAUUGGAACGUAUAAAAAAUUACAUUUUGAAAUCCGUCGUCGGCGGCGAUCCAGCCACAAAGAAUCCUCAACUAAAUGUCAAAUAUAAAACCGAUUUACUCACUUGGAUGCCUUUCCGUACCGAUGAUGACUGUUUUAAUGUAUGUUAUUCGAGUAAUUGCGAGUAUGAAACUCGUAUAAAGGAUUUCUUGGAACGUGUGCUGUGUAGUGUGCUGUGUCCUGACAACGAGCCAGUAAAAUGCAUCGUUGGUUAUAAUGCCUUCAAAGGAAUUGAACUCCGAUAUUAUUUACCAAACGAUAUCGAAUCUCUGAGAAAUUUUAUACGUCUAUGCAGUACGUGCGAUGUUACUAAUGAACCUUUGAAUGAUCCAAAUAAUGUUUAUAUUUGGAAAACUUUCCGGAAGUUUAUAGAAACUGAAUGUAAACGAUCAACUAUAAUUGAAGAUGACGAAUAGCAGGAAAACGUAGCGAUAAUUUUUGUGAUUUUUUUUCAAUUUUUAUUAGUGUACCUACUUUGUAUUUUAAUUUUAUGUAUUUAUUCAUUUGUGUUUUAAAUGGUAUUUAAUUUUAGAUAUUUUUUGUUCCUUUUUGAAUUAUUAUGUUUUUUCAUUACCUACUUUUAUAACUCUUCUGCAUGGUUUUG